GCAAACGCGAGCGGUUCGCAGUUGUUCUAUAUAGAAAAUAAUAAAUUCAAUUUGUCAUCGCUCCCCUCACACAGAUUAUAAACGAUGUCCGCUUUUGAUUUAAAGAGUCUUGACGAAUGCUUGGAAAAGCAUUUGCCCGCUGCAGAGCUAAAGGAGGUCAAGCGCAUACUCUACGGCGUGGAGGAGGACUUGACGCUGGAGCUGCCGGCUGCGGCGACUGCUACUGCGGAGCAGCAUGGCUUUGAAAUCAAGGGCUAUCGCUUCAAGGCGCAGAAGGAGCAACUGCGCAAGUCGCGCCUGGUGCGUGUGGGUGCCAUACAAAACUCCAUUGCGCUGCCCACAGAUGCGCCCAUCGAGCAGCAGCGCGAGGGCAUUUGGCAAAAGGUGAAGGCGAUGAUCAAGGCGGCGGCGGAGGCGGGUUGCAACAUUGUCUGCACCCAGGAGGCUUGGACCAUGCCCUUUGCUUUCUGCACGCGUGAAAAGUUCCCCUGGUGUGAGUUUGCGGAGGAAGCUGAGACUGGAGCCACUACCAAAAUGCUCUCCGAGCUGGCUCAAGCCUACAACAUGGUCAUCAUACAUUCUAUAUUGGAAAGGGACGCGGCGCAUGGCGACACCAUUUGGAACACUGCUGUAGUCAUCUCCAACAAUGGACGCUUUAUGGGCAAGCAUCGCAAGAAUCACAUACCACGCGUUGGUGACUUCAAUGAGUCCACCUACUAUCUGGAGGGCAACACCGGGCAUCCAGUGUUCGAGACCGAGUUCGGCAAACUGGCCAUAAACAUUUGCUAUGGUCGUCAUCAUCCGCAGAAUUGGAUGAUGUUUGGCGUCAAUGGCGCAGAGAUUGUGUUCAAUCCCUCGGCUACCAUUGGACGUCUGUCGGAGCCGCUGUGGAGCAUUGAGGCGCGUAAUGCAGCCAUUGCCAAUAGCUACUUUACUGUGCCCAUCAAUCGCGUGGGCACUGAACAAUUUCCCAACGAAUACACCUCGGGCGAUGGACGUCCGGCGCACAAGGACUUUGGUCCCUUCUAUGGCUCCACCUAUGUUGCAGCACCAGACGGUUCCAGAACACCCAGUUUGUCACGCUGCAACGAUGGCUUGCUUGUAACGGAGCUGGAUUUGAAUCUGUGCCGCCAGGUCAAGGACUUCUGGGGCUUCCGUCAGACGCAGCGCUUGCCGCUCUAUGCGGAAUCCCUGCAGAAGGCCACGCAGCCGGAUUUCAAACCACAAGUCAUAAGAGAGCAGUAAGGCGUCAGGCAAAGUGUCAAGCAUUUAAUUAAAAAAAUAUAUACAUGCAAUUGAAA